AACCCAAAAUUCACUCUCUCGACCUUGGCUCUCUUUCUCGCAUGCUCUCCAAAAAUCCUCUCCCCGAAUUCGUUCUUUGAGCUCUCUCGACGAAGAAUUCAUCCUUUGUUCUUCGUUUCUCUCUUCAAUCUUCAAAAUUUUUUGGAAAAACUCGAUGCGUUUGAUCUUCUUAGCUUCCCCACUCAAACUGAUAACGUGUUAGCGAUAAAAUUAGUGUAAAUUAACUCCGUGGCUUUGCAACCCUAACCCUAGUUGCUACAUUCCGCCGCUAGGUCAAAACCGAAAUCCAGGCGGCGGCUGAAGCGUAAAACUUCAUCCGGGUUGUUUGAUUCGCUCUUUCUUCAAUCAAAGGGGCAGUGGUGGAUGCAUCAUGGCAGAGCAGCGUAAUGAUAGUGGUCCACCUGCUAAUGGGAAUGCAGGUGGUGGAGCUCCAUAUGCUAUAGAUCUGGACACCUUCUCCAAAAGGUUGCAGGCCCUCUAUUCGCACUGGAAGGAACACAGAGAUGAGCUGUGGGGAUCUGCUGAUGUGUUUGCAAUUGCCACACCACCACCUUCUGAAGAUCUGCGUUACUUAAAGUCUUCCACCCUGAAUAUUUGGCUUCUUGGAUAUGAAUUUCCAGAGACAAUCAUGGUUUUUGGAGGCAAACAGAUCCACUUCUUAUGCAGCCAGAAGAAGGCUAGUUUACUUGAAACUGUGAAAGGAUCUGCUAAAGAUUCUUUUGACAUGGAUGUCAUCAUUCAUGUUAAGCAGAAAGGUGAUGAUGGGACCACCCAAAUGGAUUCUGUUCUCCGUGCCAUGCGUUCACAAGCAAAGUCUGACAGUCGCAACACCCCCACUGUGGGACACAUUGUGAGAGAGGUUCCUGAAGGGGCGCUUUUGGAAAAAUGGGCUGAUAAGUUAAAAAGCUCUGAUUUCCGGCUGUGUGACAUAAGUAAUGGAUUAUCUGAUCUUUUUGCUGUCAAGGACCAGAAUGAGAUAACUUAUGUCAAGAAAGCUGCGUACUUGACUGCUUCUGUAAUGAAGAGCUUUGUUGUGCCAAGACUUGAGAAGGUCAUAGAUGAUGAAAAGAAAAUUACUCACUCAGCAUUGAUGGAAGACACAGAAAGGGCUAUUUUGGAUCCUGCUAAAAUCAAGGUGAAGCUGAAAGCUGAGAAUGUGGAUAUUUGCUACCCUCCUAUUUUCCAGAGUGGUGGGAGUUUUGAUCUCAGACCUAGUGCUUCAAGCAAUGAUGAUGAUCUCUUUUAUGAUUCAACCAGUGUGAUCAUCUGUGCUAUUGGGUCACGCUAUAACAGCUAUUGUUCCAAUAUUGCAAGGACGUUUCUUAUUGAUGCAAACACAAUGCAAAUGAAAGCUUAUCAAGUUCUUCUAAAAGCCCAUGAAGCAGCAGUUGGAGCACUGAAGCCUGGGAAUCAAGUCGGUGCUGUCUAUCAGGCAGCCGUUGCAGUUGUAAAAGAGAAUGCUCCUCAAUUGUUGCCCAACCUGACUAAAUCUGCUGGGACAGGUAUUGGGCUAGAGUUUCGUGAGUCAGGGUUGACUUUGAAUGUGAAAAAUGAUCGAUUGCUCAAAGCAGGGAUGGCUUUCAAUGUGUCGCUUGGAUUUCAGAAUUUGCAAACUGAAUCGGCCAAUCCAAAGGGUCAAAAUUUUUCGCUGUUGGUUGCUGAUACAGUUAUUGUCACAAAUGAUGGUCGUGAUGUGGUGACCCAGUUGAGCUCUAAAGAUGUUAGGGAUGUUGCUUACUCUUUUAAUGAAGGCGAAGAAGAAGAAGAAGAAGAGCCAAAAGUGAAGGUUGACUCUACUGCCAAGGAAUAUUCGAAAGCAACGCUACGGUCAGACAACCAGGAGAUGUCAAAGGAAGAACUCCGGAAGCAGCACCAGGCUGAACUUGCGCGGCAGAAAAAUGAAGAAACUGCUCGUCGCCUUGCUGGUGGAGAUUCAGUCACUGGAAACAACCGGACAUCUGUCAAGACCUCCAGUGAGCUGAUUGCAUACAAGAGUGUAAAUGAUUUGCCACCACCCAGAGAGAUGAUGAUACAAGUCGACCAAAAGCACGAGGCUGUUCUUGUGCCUAUAUAUGGUAUCAUGGUGCCUUUCCAUGUUGCUACUGUGAAAACAGUCUCCAGCCAGCAGGAUACUAAUAGGAAUUGCUAUAUCCGCAUAAUUUUUAACGUGCCUGGUACUCCUUUCAAUCCUCAUGAUGCUAACACACUGAAAAAUCAGGGAGCUAUAUACUUGAAGGAGGUUUCAUUCCGUUCUAAGGAUCCUAGGCACAUCAGUGAAGUGGUGCAGCAGAUCAAAACACUUAGGCGAAAUGUUGUUGCAAGGGAGUCUGAAAGAGCUGAGAGGGCAACACUGGUUACUCAGGAGAAGCUAGUACUUGCUGGAAACAAAUUUAAGCCUUUGAGGUUGUCUGAAUUGUGGAUUCGUCCUGUUUUUGGUGGUCGUGGAAGGAAGCUGACUGGUACACUUGAAGCUCAUGUUAACGGUUUCAGGUAUUCAACCUCGAGGCAAGAUGAGAAGGUUGACGUUAUGUAUGGUAAUAUCAAGCAUGCUUUCUUCCAGCCUGCUGAGAAGGAGAUGAUUACCCUUGUUCACUUUCAUCUUCACAAUCACAUAAUGGUGGGAAAUAAGAAAACCAAGGAUGUUCAGUUUUAUACUGAGGUGAUGGACGUGGUCCAAACACUUGGGGGCGGAAAGAGAUCUGCCUAUGAUCCAGACGAGAUUGAAGAAGAACAGAGGGAGAGAGAUCGCAAAAACAAAAUCAACAUGGACUUUCAGAAUUUUGUCAACCGUGUGAAUGAUCUCUGGGGGCAACCUCAGUUUAAAGGGCUUGACCUCGAGUUUGAUCAACCUCUGCGAGAACUAGGAUUCUAUGGAGUGCAUAAUAAAUCCUCAACUUUCAUUAUUCCAACUUCAAGCUGUUUGGUUGAGCUGAUAGAGACUCCUUUCUUUGUUGUUACCCUUAGUGAGAUUGAGAUCGUGAACUUAGAAAGAGUGGGUCUUGGGCAGAAAAAUUUUGAUAUGGCAAUUGUUUUCAAAGACUUCAAGCGUGCAGUAGCAAAGAUAGACUCGAUUCCUUGCACAGCACUUGAUGGCAUCAAGGAAUGGCUGGACACCACAGACCUGAAGUACUAUGAGAGCAAGCUGAAUCUUAAUUGGCCUAAUAUACUGAAAAACAUCAUUGAUGACCCUCAGGGCUUCAUAGACAAUGGUGGCUGGGAGUUUCUGAACCUGGAAGUUUCUGACUCAGAGUCUGAUCAAUCUGAGGAGUCAGAUGUUGGUUAUGAGCCAUCAGAUGUUGAGCCUGAAUCUGAGUCAGAAGAUGAAGAUUCUGACAGUGAAUCACUCGUUGAAUCUGAUGAAGAGGAAGAGGAGGAAGAGUCAGAGGAAGAGAGGGGAAAGACUUGGGAAGAGUUGGAGAGGGAGGCAAGCAAUGCAGAUAGGGAGAAAGGGGAUGAAUCAGACAGUGAUGAUGAGAGACGCAGAAGGAAGAUGAAGGGUUAUGGCAAGUCAAGAGCUGGUCCAAGUAGCAGUGCCCCAAAGCGAGGCAGGUUCAGGUAGAUCUGAUGGGAGUUUGAUCUAGUCAACUUCUUCAGGCAUUGACUUGGGUGCAGUAGUUGCAGCUAGUCUAGACAUUAGCCCAGUGGUAAAUUCUCCGUAGAAAGUGGUUUUAGCGUUUUGGUGUUGUUGUCUAUGUUUUGAUUCCUAGUUGGAAGGAUAGAUGAUAAGACUUCAGCUGUAAAUUGGUAGCUUGUCUUUAUGGGAAACUUAAUCUUAUGUCCCUAGUCUGCUUUCAUGAUAGUUGUGGUUUUCUGUUUUCA